AUGCCUAAAAAAAUAAUUUGCACUCUCGAUCAAUAUGCUAACAUUUUUAGACAUUGUGAACUUACAUAUAAAUAAUUUAAAAAACUUAUUCAUAAGAAAAAUAAAAGAUCAUUAAAUUAAUAAGUAUUUAGUUUUAGAUGCAAAGUUUGUAUGAAUCAUAGAGAUACAUCUCCACAUAGAAGAUGUAAUGGAUGUUAAGAUCUUUUUCAUUUAAAAUGUGUAGAUGAAGAGAGUAAAUAAUUAUGUUCUAAAUGCUAAGUUCAAUUAUAAAAUAUGCUACUCAAAUUAUAAUAUAUUACAUAAGUUGAAGGAGAUACUUUAAUUGUACAUGAAUGCAAAUCUUCUAAUUCAAUUUGUAGUGUCUGUUAUAUCCUUUGUGAUGAAAAUCAAAAUCAAAGUAAAAUUUGUUAUCGAUGUAAUCUACGAUAACAUGUACAAUGUUAUAAUAGUCAAAAUGAAUUCUGUUCUGUAUGUGAUUAAUAUUUAAAAGACAAUCUACCAUAUUAAUUUGAUACAAUUCCGAAUUAUAUUCAAUUAUGGAAAUCAGAAUAUACUUGUUAAGAUGAUUUAAUUAUGAUUGAUAAAAUAAAAAAAUAGAAUAGAGUCAGAUUAUAUCUACCAAAAUAUUCCGAUACAAAAGAAUAAUAAUUUUAAGAAUCUUAUUCAUUAAUUAAAGCCUUAUGUGCAAAAUCUAUUUAUUUCUCUGAUGAUUUAACCUAUUUCCCAGAAGAUUCAAAACCAGAAGAUAAUAAUGCCAAAUAUGAACGCAAAUUAGAAGAUUUAGAUGAAGAUAAUUUAAAAUCUUUUCUAUAAUUUAAAGAAUUUAGUAGAUUAGGUAUAACUCCAUAAUUGAUGGUCGAUUUUCAUAUUAAAACAGGUUUUAUAGCUAAAUCAACUGGAUUCAUUAAAAAAGGUUCUAUUUUAGCAGAAUAUUGUGGAGAAGUAAAAAAAUGGAAAAAUAUCAUAUUUGAUUAAAAUGAUAGCAUUAUGGUAAGAUUACUUUUUAUUAAAGGAAUUAUUAUCACAUCCAAAUCCAAAGAAAACACUUUAUGUAGUUCCAGAAAAAUAUUCUAAUAUAGCAAGAUUUGUUUGUGGAAUUGAUAACAAAAUUAAAGAAGUAAAUUAAUCUGAAUUUAUUUAAGCAAGUGGAAAUAAUUAAUGUAAAAUGUUUGAGAGUAGCCAUUAACAAAUAAGCUAGAAUUAUUAUGUAUGCUUGUAAAGAUAUUCAACCAAAUGAAAUAUUAUAUUAUGAUUACAAUUCAGGAGGCAAAUAUUUAUAUCCAACAGAAGGAUAUCAAAUCUUAUGA